CUCAAAGUCUUCUAGUUAUACCUAUCUCCUUCUUAAUCAAUCUUUUCAUCUUGGACUGAUUCCACUAGAAAUUGCAAGUGACAAGUGACCAAGACUUUUUAAUCAAUCUUCACUAUUGCUCCUCACCAACCCCUCAAAACCCUGCUUGUUACUUCACUAGUGGUUCUCACCAUCAGAACCCUGCUGGUUACUUGACUAGUGCUCCUCCAACCUCUCAAAGUCUUUGAGUUAUACCUGUAUCCUUCUUAAUCAAUCUUUUCAUCUUCACCAUCGGUGAUACGACCGUGGUAUGUACAGCAACUGCCGUGCAUUCGUCCUUGAUCGCCGUCAUCUCUCAUUCAAUUGGCAAGUCGCUCUUUGCUUUCAGAACAGGGGAUCUCUCCUAAGCAACACUCAUGGCGGGCAUGGUGGGUUCAGCUGUUGUGCAAGAGACCGUGAGCAGAAUCACCUCCUACCUGUUCAGCAAGUGUGACCAUGACGAAAGGACGGCAUCCACAGGGCAUCACAUUGAGAGGCUUGAGAUGGCGCACACCGAGCUAGAGCUUGCACUUGAGAGAUCUGCAAGGAUGCCAAUCACAGACGUGUCCCUUCUACGGCGCAGGAAGCUGUUGGAGCGUGCCUUCAAAGACUGCGGAGAUCUGCUACACAGGUGCAUCAAGCAGCAAACAAUGGACGCCAUAGAGUUGGAACAACCUGUAAGACACUCCUUCUCUAAAUGGAUCGCACAUGUGACACAAUCAUCUGUGUCCUCCUAUUUUACUGGGUUUUGCAAAGACAACAUCAGCUGCUCAGAUGUUCGAAGAAAUGAGUGGUUUGCGGAGUGCGCCAACCGUUUCCUCAGAGAUGUGGAGUCAGGAUGCUCACCUCUGCGGUGCGUGUUCUCUAACCCUCUGGUCAGGCAACUUCUUGAGGGCAAAACUCUAGAGUACAAGAUGGUGCAAGGAAGUAUACUCCGGUGCCUGCACAUACAGAGCAUGUGUGUGGAAGGGCGUGGUGUGGAGGCAACGCUGGAAUUUCGCUAUGAAGACCGGAAGACACCAAUGAGAAGUUUUUCUCUCAAGCUGAUGCUACGAUUGUCAGAGAGCACGGACAUUAUCGGAACUGCUAUAAGAUGCUUGCAAUCAUUCAUGUCUUCGAUGAAGGAUGUGACUGAAGCGGCUGUGAGAGAACUCACCCAACUGCCUCUGCAAGACAUUUCCCACUCGCACGCUGCUUCAUGUUUCACCAUAAAAGAUUUGUGUUCCUAUGACACCCACUUGUGGCGCCCGGAUCCACUAUGUUGCAAGCCAGACGGGUGUCCUACUAGCUACAUCCCAUCAGAAUUAUCAUGCAAAUUCCCGGAGCAGAUUAUUCUGAUACAUGUUGUAUGCUAUGUUUCAGCCUUUGAGUGCAGUAACCUGCAUAACACGACUGAUGGAAAUUCAAGAAACCUCAUGGCUGACCUGCCACCUCUGAAGCUUGGAGUGGGCUUCGCACCUCACUUUUUCGAUGGACGCACGCAAGGUAGAACUGCAGUUGAAAUAAUAGGAGGGAAGGAAGAGUUUAUAAAUGACAUGGGUAGCCUACAGCAAAUGGUCGAGACAGUACAAUCAAAGGCAGUCAAACAUUACAUUUGCCAACCUGAUCUGGCAUAUUAUAAAAUGGCAUGGUAUUCAGGACAUGGCGGUGCCUGCUUCAUGGUGCAAAAAUCAGGAACUGAAAUAGCAAGGGCGCACAAAGUUGAGUCUGAUUUCGAGACCCGGGGAUCUUCAAAGAGAAGGCGGUCGAAGUGAGAAGAAUGGAGCAGGAAUUCAUGCUUAGCAUAUUUAUGAGAUGGUGUUUAGGUUCAAUCAAGUGCCUAAGUAGCAUCUGCCUCUUGAAUAUGUGUAAGCUCAUUAGUUACCAGUAAAAUAAUUGUUGUUCUUUUUUGCAUGUGGUGUCAGUGAUUUUGGUCAUGUAACAACAAACAUAAUUAAGUAGGAUGGAUAUGUGAUCAAGUUAGCCUGUGGGGACAGUAAACCAAAAAUAAUGCCCCGUUAUAUGGCGGUACAAUUUUGUACUUUAGAUGUGGGAUUAAAUGAUUAAAUGCUUCUUUUAUUGUGAUGACA